ACAGUGGCCAGGGGGAGGCGCGACUGAUGCGUGAGUGUUUGCUUUGUGCGUCAAGAGGGGGGGGGGGGAAUAGUUGAGUGAACGGCAUCCGUAGCCUACAGAGCUGGCUGUAAAAAAAGAACGCAUUGACGGAGUAGAAUGCCAAGAAGAGACAUGGAGCCAGAAUACUAAAAGGACAAGUUAGCGACACACCACGCACGCAUCGCGCCAUUGUAGGAAAUAACUCACUUUUUUUUCUUGAAUGGAUUAUUGAUGUAUGUAUUUUUAACCCAGACGAUUUCCUGCCGUCGCUCAUCAGCCGCUGCGUUUUACUGGAAUGCGCAGUGUUUUUUCCGUUAAGAUGGCUCAAUUUUAAGAGAACCUGUUGGGAUUUGCAAACAUUUAUCCCGGUGCCCUAUACAUUUCUAGAAAGUGUUGUGCACCUUUUCCUCUGGGACGAAACGGGACAUGGAAAUUAACAUUUUAUCAACCUAAAGGCGGUAAUAAGGUUUGCUAUAUUUUCCUGAAGUGCACUUUAUUCUAACUCCUCCCGGCGAUGAUUGUGCUUUUUAUUGCCCUGUGCAUCGCGGAUGGAGUGCUCGCCCAAAUACGCUACUCUGUGCCCGAGGAGGCAGAUCACGGCACCUUGGUGGGAAAUAUCGCCGAGGACUUGGGACUGGACCUUACCAAACUGUCAUCACGCCGUUUCCAAGUUGUGCCCAGCUCUCGAACACCUUACUUGGGAGUAAACGUAGAGAAUGGCGUCCUGUUUGUUAACGAGAAAAUAGACAGGGAGCAAAUAUGCAAGCAGAGCGCAAGCUGUCUGCUCAACAUGGAGGUGUUCCUGGAGAACCCUCUGGAGCUUUUCCGAGUUGAGAUAGAGGUGGUGGACAUUAACGACAACCCACCCAGCUUCCCUGAAACGGACAUAACGGUGGAAAUCUCCGAAAGCGCUACUCCGGGCACGCGCUUCCCGUUGGAGAGCGCGUUCGACCAGGAUGUGGGCACCAAUUCUUUACGCACGUAUGAUAUCACCACUAACAACUACUUUUACCUGGACGUGCAGACCCAAACAGAUGGCAACAAAUUCGCCGAGCUUGUGCUGGAGAAGCCGUUGGACAGAGAGCAGCAGGCGGCUCACAGGUACGUGCUGACAGCAGUGGACGGUGGCCAGCCACCCCGGACAGGCACCGCGCUGCUGGUGGUUAAAGUGCUGGACUCAAACGAUAACGUGCCUGUAUUUGAGCAGCCCGUUUACGCUGUAACACUUUCAGAGAACGCGCCCUCGGGUACGCUAGUCAUCCAACUGAAUGCCACUGACAUGGACGAGGGACUCAAUGGCGAGAUUGCCUAUUCUUUUAGUAACCACAUCUCCAACCGCGUAAAAGAAAUUUUCAGCAUCGACCAGCGUGCAGGGCGCAUCAAGGUGCGCGGCGAGGUGGAUUUUGAGGAGAGCAGUCUAUAUCAGAUUUUUGUCCAAGCCAAGGAUAUGGGGCCGAACGCCGUGCCCGCGCAUUGCAAGGUCCUCGUCACAGUCAUAGACGUGAACGACAAUGCACCAGAGAUCACCUUCAGCACAGUCACGGAGUCUGUCAGCGAGAACGCAGCCCCCGGCACCGUCAUUGCUUUGCUGAGCGUGACAGACUUGGACGCUGGAGAGAACGGACAAAUUAACGUGGAAAUCCUAGGCGAGGUGCCCUUCAAAUUGAAAUCAUCAUUUAGGAAUUAUUACACCAUUGUGACUGAUGGCUUGUUGAACAGGGAGCUUGCAGAUUCCUAUUCAGUGACUGUGGUUGCACGGGAUAAAGGCUCGCCUUCUCUUGCCACCAGCAAGUCCAUUAAAGUCCAAGUGGCAGAUGAGAAUGAUAAUGCCCCCACAUUCAAACAAGCCAUAUAUGGUGUAUAUGUGACAGAAAAUAACGUGCCAGGAGCGUAUAUACACGCAGUGACUGCUUUGGAUCCUGACAUCGGGCAGAAUGCACUCAUCAGUUAUUCCAUAUUAGAGUGUGAGAUUCAGGGCAUGUCAGUCAAAACCUAUGUGUCAAUAAAUGAGGAGACAGGGUACUUAUACGCGCUGAGGUCCUUUGACUACGAGCAACUGAAGGAUUUUACAUUUGUGGUCCAGGCAAAAGAUUCAGGCACCCCAGAGCUUGUCACUAAUGCCACUGUCAACGUUAUCAUUGUGGAUCAGAAUGACAAUGCCCCCCUAUGGUUAGCCCCUAUGGGGAAGAACGGCACAGCAAAGGAGCCUCUACCUCGCUCGGCCGAGCCUGGUUACUUGGUGACACGCAUCGUGGCAAUGGAUGCGGACGAUGGGGAGAAUGCCAGGCUUUCCUACAGCAUCCAGAGGGGGAAUGAGAACGGAAUGUUUCGAAUGGAUUGGAGGACAGGUGAACUCCGGACAGCGCGGCGGGUGUCAGCUAAACGACACCAUCAUCAGUUGUACGACCUGGUGAUUGAGGUGAGAGACCAUGGUCAGCCUCCGCUGUCCUGCAGUGCCAGCAUACUUGUGAUGCUGGUGGACAGUGUGGCCGAGGGUCGCGGCACCGGAGAUGGAAGAGGCACCGCUAGAGCCAAAGAGAGCAGUCUGGACCUCAGGCGCAUCCUCAUCAUCGCCUUGGUCUCUGUCUCCUUUAUAUUCCUCCUAGUCAUGAUUGUGCUGGCUGUGCGUUGCCAAAAGGAAAAAAAGCUCAACAUUUACACCUGCCUGACCAGUGACUGCUGCCUGGGCUGCAGCUUCUGUUGCGCACGGCAAGGCCGUGUCCAUAAAAAAAAGCUCAGCAAAUCUGAUAUCAUGCUGGUUCAAAGUGCUGCGAAUAUCACUGGGACAGGUACAGCUCAAGUCCCUGUGGAGGAGUCAGGCAGCUUUGGCUCACACCAUCAAAAUCAGAAUUAUUGUUACCAGGUAUGUCUGACUCCUGAGUCUGCCAAAACCGACCUCAUGUUCCUAAAGCCGUGUAGUCCGUCUAGGAGCACGGAGAGCAAUCACAACCCAUGUGGAGCCAUAGUCACAUGUUACACAGACCAGCAGCCUGACAUCAUCUCAAAUGGCAGUAUAUUAUCAAAUGAGACCAAACAGCAACGAGCAGAGCUAAGCUACAUGGUGGACAGACCAAGACGCGUCAACAGCUCGGCAUUUCAGGAGGCGGAUCUGGUCAGCUCCAAAGACAGCGGCCAUGGAGACAGUGAGCAGGGAGACAGCGACCACGAUGCCAUGAAUAGAGGCCUUUCCUCUGGCACGGAUCUGUUCUCUAACUGCACGGAGGAGUGCAAGGCUCUGGGCCACUCUGAUCGGUGCUGGAUGCCAAGCUUCAUGCCCACUGAUGGGCGGCAGGGCCAUGUGCCCGGCAUGGACUCGGUUCCCAUCACAGAGGUACUUCAAAUCUCUGAUCACCAAUACAAAUAUCUUUACCAUCACCACCAUCAUGGCACUCUAGAGAGGAAAGAGUUAGAAAAAUUUCUGCCUAGCUCCAAAUCACCUUAUACGUCAGUGUAUAUACAUAAGUGAGUAUCCUAUUUUUCUGUGGCCUGAGUGCCUGCCCUAUACUCUCUGAUCUGGCCAUCCAAUUAGGGGGAAAAAUUCUAAUUCAAUUUUCUCCCUGAAUUGGCUGGUGGAAAGGAGCGUGAAAUUAAUUUCAGAUCUGACCCAUGUUCUGGCUUACUGUCAAAAUGAUUAACUGACUCUUCCCUCCUUCAAAACUAUCUCUGUUAUCUCCCACUGUAAUGAUGUCGUCCUCUUUCACCUUUCAAAUCCAUCCUACAUACCGUACUGUAAGGCUGCUCUUUUCCUUAUGAAACCAAAUAGAUCACUGUCUCCUAUGAGAAAAUGGCUGCAGUAAAUAUAAGACAUUCAGAAAGCUCAGAAAGCCAUAUGGGGGAAAACAAUCCUGUUUAAAAAUUGUUGAAGAAUCUCAUUGUCAUUCAGCGAUCGUCUCCGGAGCUAAGAUUAAAAAAAACAUUUUAUGAUAACUGAAGGCAGGGAAAAAAAGCUAGGCAACUGCCUCGUUUCUUAUGGAAUUGCUGUUUCUAAACUGUCAUUCAAAGGCCACAAAGAAAUACAGCCUCAAUCACUAGAAUUGAUGAUAAAGCUUAAUUAUAAUUUUGUCUAGCAGCGACUGAAGAGUACCCCCCUCUCUCAUCAGCAGUCACAGCUAGCUGGAAUUAUCAAACUGUCGGAACCUUUCCUGCUUUCCCAGUACUAUCAUUUAAAAACAACAGCAUGCUGUUAAGAACACCGGGGAAAUGUGUUCUUGUUUCCUUUUAAUUAACGCUGCAGCCAUGAUCCAUACCUUCCCUACUAUGUUUCAGUCAUGAUCAAACAUGUAAAAAAAUAAAUAAAUAAAUAAAUAAAUAAACAACAUACUUUUUUCCCAGCUGUAUGAUAAGUACAUGCAGUAAAGCCUCACCUAUUCCCGGCUCUCUUUUUAUCUAUUCAUAUUGUUUUGUGUAGAACCUAUCCUCAACUAUUCACGUGCUCUCCAUAACAUCCUAAGAUGUUACAAGAUGGUAAAAAAAUCCUGGCUAAUGGUGUUAGUGAUUGACUUUUGCAAUGAUACAUAUUGGCCUCCUCUGUGAGCCAUUAGUUUUAAGAAUAAUAUUGUUUGAUUAGAUGCCACGGAUGCUUUUGUGUCAUAACUUGACCUUAAAUAAAGCUAGAAGCAAGCUAUACCAUAAUUUAAGUACAAUCUUGUGUUUUAUCCACACCAUCUACCUCAAAAAAACAUUAUGACAAUU